AUGUCUAUGGCAACCUUUGCCUGUUUUACACUCUUCUUUCUCUGCUUGUCACAGAGUCAUUCUUUCUUUUCCGCUCCUUCAUCCACUCUGCGUAUCUACACCCCUUUCACUUGUUCCUCUCUUUAUUCUUCAAUGCUUCUCUUACAGCUUCCACCUCUUUGUAUCUUUCUACCUCUGUGCUUCCCUCAACCAAUCAUACUUUUCCACUCUUUCAUUCUUUAUCCUUCUCUCACCAAUCUUUCUUUUCCACUCUCACUCUCUUUUUCCUCAAUAGGCUUACUCUCUUCUUCCUCGCUCUCUCUUUCUCUUCUUCCUUGCUAUGCUCUCUCUUCUUCCACACUAUGUUCUAUCUCACUCUCCUCUUCCUUGCUAUGCUCUCCCACUCUCCUCUUCCUUGCUAUGCUCUCCCACUCUCCUCUUCCUUGCUGUGUUGAUUCUCACUCUCCUCUUCCUCACUGUGUUCUAACUCACUCUCCUUUUCCUUUCUAUGCUCUCUCUCCUCUUCCUCGUUAUGUUCUCUCUCACUCUCCUCCUCCUCACUAUGUUCUCUCUCACUCUCCUCCUCCUCACUAUGUUCUCUCUCACUCUCCUCUUCCUUGCUGUAUUCUCUCUCACUCUCCUCUUCCUUGCUGUAUUCUCUCUCACUCUCCUCUUCCUCGCUGUAUUCUCUCUCACUCUCCUCUUCCUCGCUGUAUUCUCUCUCACUCUCCUCUUCCUCACUGUAUUCUCUCUCUCUCUCUCCUCUUCCUUGCUAUGUUUACUCUCCUCUUCCUCGCUAUGUUCUCUCACUCACUCUUUUCCUCUUCACUAUGCUUUUUAUUAUGCUUUCUUUUUCUUUCUUGCUAUGCUUUCUCUUCAUUUUUCUAG